CAUACCUUUUCUAUUGACUAAAGUAUAGAGAACCACUCUCUGUUAUAACAUGGCAUACAAAAAAUCAGCGAGAAUCGCUAUAAAACGCUGAACAUCAUGUUUAGGGUAAUUUUCGUAUUGUUUUCUAACAGAUAUUGGUGACCGUAAAUUUAACAGGUUUUUUUGUACUGUUAAUUGGAUUUCUGAGUACACAUAUUGAUGGUUCAUCAAAUGAAGUGCCGGAUAAUAUGACGUCAUUAAAAUAAGCGCGACGGAGAUUAAAUGAGUAUAAAAAGAGCAUGCGACAGAUAAUUUAUUCAUUAAAUAAUGAUACAGAAUGAAAAAUGAAAAGCAUGGCGGAUAACGGAUAUGGUGAAAUGGUAUUUGUUCUCCUUCUUAUGGGUGUUUUGACAACACGUGCUGCGCAGAAUAACUUUGAACUAAAUGUUGCUGUUUUGCCACAAUGGAAAGACAUUAUAAACCCUAUCAUGGCAUCUAAACAUCUUGGCUCUGUUCCUGUUAAUCUCAACACAUUCGACCUCGGCAAGACUAGAUCGGAAUACGACAAAGUAAAGAAAGCGAUACAAAACCUUAAAGACCACAAUAUACAUGCUGUUGUCGGACCCUUUGAUGUACCAAUAUCUUUAGCCACAGAGUCGCUAAACAUUACAUACUUAGCGGCUUCAGAAGUAAAGACCAGGUUCACCAAUUCAACAUUUCAAAUGAUACCAAGACUAAAUGAUUUUAGUCAAGCUUUACUUGACAUGGUGAAACGAUAUGGCUGGAGUGAAGUUAGCAUUUUCUUUGACGACAGUAAAGGGAUAUCAGUAGUGGAGAAGCUUCUUACAGACCACGAAUUAUUAAUAAAAUCCUGGCGUUUAAAUCACAAUUCUGAUGAAAAGCAAGUUCGAGAUCAUCUUGUUCAUAUGCGCCGAAUAUUUAUGCAAAGAUCAAUUGUCUUCUGCCAGAAAGGGAAUGUAGAAAUCCUGCUUGAAACGGCACGUUCACUUGCAAUGCUUUCAACACCGUAUGAGUGGUUUUUCUACGAUCCUGGCGAUGAGUUAGCAGAUAUUAUGAAUAACUUUCCAGAUAUUCAUGUUAACUUUACUGUGUUCACAAUGAUGCCCUUCAAUAGUACAGUUCCAUCCGAACAAUAUUUCAGGGAUAGCUUUAAUAAAACACUGGCGCGAGAUUCAGUUGCUAUUCUUCAGGAAUGUGUGAUUCAACCAAUUGAAAAGAAUAGCACUGAAUCUGUAAGGAACAGUCUACUUGAGAGAAUGCAAUCGAUCGAAUUCAAAGGUAAAUCAGGAUCAAUACAGUUUGAUGAAAGCGGAAAACGAGUCAAUUUGUCCAUUUUGUUGACUGAGAUAUCUGGUUAUGCAACACAACAGAUAGGCAUGUGGUACUCGAAUGUGAGCUUGUUUGACAACCGUUUACAGAUCUCAAAAAGAUUUGGUUUUGGUAAUAUUUCUCAUCCGUUCCCAUUAGUUGGAAGAACAGCAAGGGUUGUUACAAUAUUGGAAAAGCCGUUCUGCAUGUACAAAAGAGAUCACAAAGUGCGGAAGGGUAAUGAUAGAUUUGAAGGUUUUGCCGUAGAUUUGAUUCAUGAGGUGGCUACAAUGUUAAAGUUUGAUUAUGAAAUCUAUCUCGUUCAUGACGGAAAUUUUGGAUCAAAAAUGCCCGACGGAAGUUGGAAUGGCAUGAUUGGAGAACUUCUACAGGGUAAUGCCACGAUGUCUGUAGCACCAUUAAGUAUAAACUCUGAACGUGAGGCAGCUGUUGACUUCACAAAACCAUUUAUGACAAGAUAUAUAAGUGUGUUAAUGAAAGUGCCACGAUCCGAGACAUCUUAUUUUGAAUUCCUUAAUCCUCUCCACCCAACAGUCUGGUUUUGUACCCUCGGUGCCUUUGUAUUUGUUAGUAUAGUUUUAUAUAUUCUUGAACGUAUUGGGACUUUAGACAGGAAAGAGUGUCCAUCAAUUAGUUUCAAAGAGAGCUUUUGGUUUGUAUUUGGCUCUUUACUACAAGGAAGUACUGAUUCAUCACCAUCUACAUUACCAGGAAGAAUUCUUACAUCAUCCUGGUGGUUUUUCGCGCUUAUUCUUAUAUCGUCUUAUACCGCUAAUCUAGCUGCAUUUUUGACUGUUAAGAAAAUUAAUACACCCAUAAAAACCGUAACUGACUUAGCAUCACAAACUAAGAUUAAAUAUGGAACAGUCCAAAGUAGUGGUAUUAUGUCAUUCUUUAAAAACACCGACAUUGAACACUUUUCCAAAAUGUGGGCACAAAUGUCAGAGAUCGAGCCUUCUUCUAUGGUUAAGUCAACAGAAGAGGGUUUUAAGAAAGUGAAGGAAGAACUUUAUGCAUUUUUCUGGGAUACAACUGUCAAUAAAUACAAGACCAUCGAAAACUGUGAUUUCAUGGAAGUUGGACCACCAUUUGAUCCUAAAGGUUUUGGGAUUGGUGUUCCACCUGGUGCAACGUAUAGAGAAGAGUUGUCAAUGGCGAUUCUAAAACUUAGUGAUAUUGGCAGGCUUCACGAGCUAGAAAACAGGUGGUGGGGUAGACGAAAUUGUCCUGAUCAUGGUAAACCUUCAACAGAUGAGACGUCAGAACUGCAGAUUGAUAAUGUUGCUGGGGUGUUCUUUAUUCUCGUGGGAGGAGUUGCUGUUGCUGCUGUCGUGUGCCUUGGUGAAUAUUUUGCCAAACAAAUUUCAAACAGUGUCAAAAAGGCUAAGAAUAGAAACAGGCAAUAGGGCUUUAGUGAGAGGUUCGCUUGUUGCGAUGGAUAUUCUUCAAAACAUUGGCCGGACAAUGUCCACUGAUGAACAAAAUAGAACCCCUCCGCCAUAACAUUAUUACAUACUUUUAUGAUAUAAAUACACUAUACUAUAUGAUGUUAUAAUCAUUUUUUCAUGAUUUAUCUGGGAUAUAGAUAUAUACUUCUGAUUCUGUUUUUAUAUGUGUUUAUACAUUAUGCAAAAUAGCUGUUGACAUUACGUAUUGUUAAUUGAAAAUUUAUUACACCUGGUUUCUUCAAGGCAAUAUUUACUGCAGCAAUAUAUUUGACUUUUAUAGACAUUUAUGCUAGCAAACAAUUGUAUUAUUUAUAACAUUUAUAUUUAUUUGAUUCAAUAUAUAUCCCAUAAGGCCAUACGAAGACAAUCCUAUUUUAGAGAUCAUUUAGGGAAGCACACCAGUGCAGCUUAAUAUAUUUCAAUAAAUAUUAUUUCCAAGUGUUAUCUCGAUUAAAAGUUAUCUUACAGAUGAUACAUUUUUAUCAUAUUUUCUUCAUUUAUUAUCGUGAACAUUGUUAAAAACGGAUUCAGUCCUUUCAUAAUAUAAUGUUCAUACUUUUUUACAUUACUUAUAAACUGCAUGUCAAAUACCUAUUUUUUGCAUGAGUUUCUUACAGUAAAUUCCUUAAAUGCAUGAACAAAGUUUUCAAAAUCGUUUAAUAAAUUUCUCAACAUUUGUCCAGAUGUUUCUAUUUAUAUAUUUGUAGGAGAAGCAUGCACGGGUGACAGACAAAGAGAGGGAGAGUUUCCUGUAAAGGCAUGGAAUAAUCAGUGUUUGUCAUGCAUGAUAUUUCGCCAACCAAUUGUGUGAUUCUAUGUACUAUUUACAUUUUGUCUGUUGUUUCUUGUAAAUAUUAUUAAACCUAAUAAAUAAAUUACCAGACUUCAGUUUAUCGCCCUAAAUUUAAGUAAUGUUCUUCUUAAAUUAAAGCAUUUACAGUUCCGGAAAUAUUUUCCUGUUAAAAUUAUUUAUUGCGAUAUUUAUAUCUAACUAGUGUGUAAAGCAAUGGGAGGAGGUUUUAGAAAAUCCUAUUUAACUGACGACGCGUAACAAAGAUUGGAAAAAGACUUGAAAUAUUAGUAGCAGAACAAAAGGAAAAAAAACUGUUAUGCCUGACAAUUUGUGAAACACAAUUAAGAAAUUAAGAAACAAUGAAUUAUAAGGAGGUGGGGGGGGGGAGAGUUGUUUCCGUCUUAAACAGUUUCAGACUCCUUUAACAAAACACAUAAUAGAUAUUUUAGUUACUUACCUAUUUUCGGGAGAAAAAAACACACAUCCGAUUUGGUAAUAUCUUAUCAUUUAUUAAAUAUUUGAGA